AUGUUGAGCAUCGGACUCUCCGCAACCUCGAACGAGCGGCACGCUCACUCGAGAAUGCCUCUCGUCAGCGGAGAGAAGUCGAACUUCCAAUAUAUUCUUCGUCUUCUCAACACCAACGUCGAUGGCAAGCAGAAGAUCAUGUACGCCUUGACCCGCAUCAAGGGUGUCGGCCGUCGUUACUCCAACCUGGUCUGCAAGAAGGCCGAUGUCGACUUGAACAAGCGUGCUGGUGAAAUUACCACCGAAGAGCUCGAGCGAAUUGUCACCAUCAUCCAGAACCCUACUCAGUACAAGAUCCCGGAAUGGUUCCUCAACAGACAGCGCGAUAUUGUCGACGGCAAGAACACCCAAGUGUUGGCCAACAGCAUGGAGAGCAAGCUGCGUGAGGAUUUGGAACGUCUCAAGAAGAUCCGAGCCCACCGUGGUCUCCGACACUACUGGGGUCUCCGUGUCCGAGGUCAACACACCAAGACCACUGGCAGAAGAGGUCGCACUGUCGGUGUCAGCAAGAAGAAGGGUUAA